AUGAGCACAAACUCGGGUGAAGUCAUGACUGAAAAUCACACCAAGUACGACCGAGAAAGCGAAUUGAGGGCGUUCGACGACGCGAAAACUGGCGUAAAAGGACUAGUAGAGGCCGGGGUGUCGAGAAUUCCACGAGUUUUCAUCCAUGAUAAGGACAAGCUUGGUGAAAUUAAGUUAGCUUCUGGGGACUCUAAGUACUCUAUUCCAAUCAUAAACAUUGAAGGCGUCAAUAAGAGCGCAACUAUUCGAAAGGAAAUAGUUGACGAAGUUAGAGAAGCAUGUGAGAAAUGGGGUUGCUUUCAAGUGAUCAACCAUGGAAUUUCAUCAAACACUUUGGAUGAAAUGAUUGAAGGAAUAAGAAGAUUUCACGAACAAGACCCUGAGAUUAGGAAGAAGUUUUACACAAGAGAAUACACUGAAAAGUUUUCGUAUAACACGAAUUUCGACUUCUAUCGAUCGUCUGCGGCUACCUGGAGGGACACCAUUUACUGUUCUAUGGCUCCAAAUCCUCCUAAUCCUGAAGAUUUGCCUCAACUUUGCAGAGACAUAAUGAUGGCAUACUCGGAGAAAAUAAGGAGCCUAGGAUUUACUCUGUUGGAAUUGUUGUCAGAAGCUCUUGGGCUGAAUCCAAACCACUUGGGAGACAUGGAUUGUGCCAAGGGACAGUUUUUUGCUGGCAAUUACUAUCCAGCUUGCCCUCAACCAGACUUGACUCUGGGCAUCGCCAAACACACUGACAGUGCCUUCAUGAACGUGCUUCUACAAGACCAAAUUGGUGGACUUCAAGUCCUCCAUCAACAUCAAUGGGUCAAUGUGACACCAACCCCAGGAUCUCUAAUUGUAAACAUUGGUGACAUGAUGCAGAUAAUCAGUAAUGGCAAGUUCAAAAGUGUGUGUCACAGAGUAUUAGCACAAAAUGGAGGCCCAAGAAUCUCGGUGGCAAGUGUUUUCAGAAAUACGGAACAUGAUCAAGAAAGUGGACCAAGAGUCUAUGGACCAAUCAAAGAGUUGUUAUCAGAAGAAUAUCCCCCAAUCUACAAAGAAACGACUAUGCAAGAUUAUAUCUCGUAUAUAUACACAAAAGGACUUGACGGUAAACCUGGACUAGAUCAGUUCAUGCUCUGAAGUAAUUGGUUCUUAAUAGCUGAAAUGCAGCUUUACAUAUUGUUUAUGUUACUAUUUUAAGGAAAAAAAA